UAAAACACGCAAUCCAGUCUUUAUUCAAGCCUUGAAUAUAAACUUUAUCAUACCAUUGAAUGUUAAAUAAAUUUUUGAAUAAAUUAUAAAAAAAAAAUUAUGAUUUCAAGAAUUCGUUUGCCACGAUUAGAUGGAUCAACUCGUGUACCAAAAGAUGAACAGAGUGAAAAUUUUGAUACAAAUAUAACAGAUACAUUUUAUCCUCUAAUUGUACCUUCAUCGAAAAUUCAGCUUAAAUCAAUUCGUCGACCUAAAACGACUCGGUCAAGUUACUCAUCAGAAAAAUUUUCAAAUUUACCAAAGGAGGAUAAUAAUAAAUUCAGUGUUACUCCAAAAUGUCUUAUUAAACUUCCAUCAGUUGAUUUAACUCAUUAUCAGAGAAGAAAAUCAAGUAAAAAUUUAACAGAUUUACCACAAAGUUUAUCACCGUCAUCAUUAGUUCAAGCAAGACCACAACAAGUAGUUAAAGAAGAUCGAGUUAAUCAGCUUGAACAAAAUUUAAAAUAUCUUCAAGAUCAACAUAAGUUAAAUUUAACAGCUUUACAUCAAGAAGUUGAAUUACUUCGUCAACAAAAUAGAGAUUUACAAUUUCAACUAGUAUUUGAUUGUGAUUCAAAUUCUUCAUCAUUAAAAAAUACAUCAAAUGAAUCAACACAAUCAAAAGUUGAAGUUCUUGAACGUCAUCUUGAUGAACUUAGUAUAUCAUUUGAUGAAGUUAAAAAUGAAAAUAUAAAGCUUAAAAAAAUUAUUGAAAAAGAAAAAAAAAAAUUUGAGUUGAUAAAAAAUAAUGAAAAUAAUAAAAUUGACAUUGGAAUACAAGUAGGAAAUACUCAAAAUGAUUUUGUUGCACUUUUAAAAAUUUCAAAAGCCAUGGUACAACUUGUAAAGUGUGAAUAUGAUAAUCGUGAAAAAAAAUUAACAAUAAAAUCAUAAUUUGGAUCACGUUGACUCAAU